AACACUGAGCUUUCCACUUAAAGACAGUCCAUUUAAUAUCAACAGGAAAAGGGAUGGAUGUACCACUGCUGGAUUCUAAGUCUAGGUAAUAACUUCAAGAAAAGAAGACAUGGCAACAAAAACAGAUCUCUCUGAUUCCAAGAAGGACUCGCAUCAACAUGCAACAGAUGUACAGUCAUCAGUCAAGAAGAAAACUAAGCGUUUCGGUGGCUUGAAGAUGUUCAUGGUGGCCCUGACACUCAGUUUUAUUUGCAAAGCACUUGGAGCAGUUGUUACGAAAAGUUCCAUCAUUCAGAUAGAAAGAAGAUUUGGCAUAACAUCCUCUGAAGCUGGUUUAAUUGAUGGAAGCUUUGAAAUAGGCAAUUUACUGGUGAUAACAAUGGUAAGUCAUUUUGGAGCCAAAUCACACAUUCCACGAUUAAUUGGAAUUGGGUGUUUAGUUAUGGGAAUUGGAAGUAUUUUAACUGCAUCACCUCACUUCUUCAUGGAAUAUUACAGGUAUGACUCAGCAUCAAAUGUUAAGUCAUUUGAGAACUCAACAGAAAAAUACACUCCUUGCUCAAUUGAUCUCAAUUCAACUACCAUUAACAAAUCAUCUGUAUUAUUAGAGUCAGGUUGCAAAAAUGAAUCUGGUUUACCCAUGUGGACAUAUGUGCUGUUGGGAAACAUGUUACGUGGGAUUGGGGAAACUCCGAUUACACCCCUGGGAAUCACAUACAUUGAUAAUUUUGCUAAAGAAGGACAUUCUACUUUUUACAUAGGAAUUUUGCAUUCAGUCUCAGUGAUUGGCCCAGUGAUAGGUUUUCUUCUGGUAUCGUUCUGUAUAAAACUAUAUGUGGACAUUGGAUAUGUAGACCUAAGUACUAUAACAAUAAAGCCAACUGAUUCCCGUUGGGUUGGUGCUUGGUGGCUUGGCUUUCUCGUACUGGGAAUCCUUAGUAUUGCUGCUGGGAUUCCAUUCUUUUUCAUGCCUAAGAGUCUGGAGAAACCAACAAAGGAAAGGAAAAGUCCACCAUCUUUGGAUGUAUCUAGUACCAAUGGAAGUAGAAACCAAACGACAAAUUUUAAAAAUCCAGGGCAAAUAAAGGAGCCUAAAGAUUUGACAGGUUUUUUCCACUCCUUAAAACGUCUCCUUACUAACUGGAUGUACUUUAUUUACUUGAUUUCAUCGUUGUUUGCCUUUAGUAGCUUUAUUGGCUACAUUACUUAUUUGGCAAAAUAUUUAGAACAGCACUUUGGCCAGUCAAUAUCUAAAUUGAACAUUUUAAUUGGAGUAGUAGCAAUGCCUGUAAUUUGUAUUUCAGUUUUUUUGGGAGGAUUUAUUUCUAAAAAAUUGAAAUUAAAAACCCUUGGAAUUGCCAAACUAUUCUUCAUUUCUCAUGUUUGUGCUAUCGCUUUGCAAGUACUGCUUCCAUCAUUCAACUGUGAAAGAAGAUCAGUAGCUGGUUUAACAGUAACUUACGAUGGGAAUGACCUAGGGACACAUCCUCAAAACAUCUCAUUUCCUUUCUGCAACUCAGACUGUAAUUGUGAUACCAAUACAUGGGAUCCUGUCUGUGGGGAUGAUGGACUCACUUACAUGUCCCCCUGUUUGGCUGGAUGUAAAUCUUCUGUAGGCCGUGGAAAGGACUUGGUCUUCCAUAACUGUAGCUGUAUUGAAGCUAACAAUUUCCAAUCCAUAAAAACUUCAGCUCAUUUGGGCCAAUGUCCAAUGGAAGAUGAUUGUUCAAGAAAAUUUAUAUAUUUUAUGACAGUGCAAAGUUUGAGCUCUUUCUUUAUGGGAUUAGGAGGUUCCCCUAAAAUGAUGCUGAUUUUUAAGACUGUUGAGCCUGAACUGAAGUCACUUGCUGUGGGUCUUCAUUUACUGGUUUUGAGAGCAAUAGGAGGAAUUCUAGCUCCCAUUUAUUUUGGAGCAGCAAUAGAUACAUCAUGUCUGAAAUGGGGUACCAAUAACUGUGGAGAUAAAGGGGCUUGCAGAAUAUAUGACUCCAUAUCAUAUAGAAAUAUCUUCUUUGCCUUGUAUUUUGGGUUAAAUGUACCAACAGUCAUCUUAUAUGUCAUAUUAUACACAAUUAUGAAGAAAAAAUAUGGAGAAAACAACACUGGAUCUUCUAAUAGUGGGGGAAUAGAUGCGGAUGAAUCAAACCUAAAAGAGCCUUUAAACAAUAACAAAGAGUUUGUACUCCCUGCUCAUGAGGACAGUGAAACGCACAUGUAAAAAAGGUUGUACUGCUACUUGUUCACAACCAAGAUUCCUUUGCUCCCUCCUUUAAUGACAUGCAAAAGCAUCAGGAACCAAAAUGUUAUCUAGGAGCAAUAUUUGAUUCAGUUACAAAGCUCUUUUUGAGCUGAAAUUGUCUGUUCCUUUUCACUGAGAAUACCUACUUUUUUUUCUUAUAGGACACUAAUUAGGGAAAUGGAAGUGAUAAUGACACAAAACCUAAAUGAAAAAAGAGGUGGUGGAACAUGUCUUGCUGCUGCAUGUUUCUGUGAUUAUGAUGAAAGUAAAUUGUUCACAUAUCAUUGAAAACUAAAAUAACUUGCAAGAUUUAACAAAUAAUUGGAGGAGAAAGAUUUGUUCAGUUAAUUUUUCCUAUGAAUUAGUCAAGUAGAUAAAAUGAGAAUCUAUGUAGCAGUUAACUCUUGCUAUCCAAGAAGAUGCCCUUGUUUGACAAACUUAAUCCAUAUGCCAAUGUAUGGGAUUGUCACCCACUGUGAAACUAUGUCUCUCAUUUUCCCGCACUGGGACAAAACCAAGGCAUGAGCAUUGAAAGAAAUGCAAUAGAAGGAAUAAAAAUGUCUAAAUAUUUUAUAUUGAUAGUAUAAAUGAUGGCAGAUAUGUUUGCCACACCUUUUGAAUUGUUUUCUCAUCCCUGAAAUGAGAAAUCCUGAUCCCACAUUACUCGCUUCCUGGUAUCCAGUAAUGAGGAUUAGCUUAAUUUAGGAAUAGAACAUCAAUAAGAUGUAUUUUCCCCUCUCUCUAAUGUCUGAAAUUCCACAACUGUAACAUAUGGAACCAUAUCCAUCAUUCACACAUAAACUGGGUAAUGAUAAUGUAAGCCAAUCAUGAUUCAAGAGGACCAUUGAUUUAUUCUACCCACCUUCUAAAAGACUAGUAGUGGGCUAACUAUGCAGAAUGUGGCACUUUUUAUGUGGUCAAAAUGGGAAUUUGUUUUAUUUGACAAAUAAAAUACAUUUUGUUUUAUUUGG